GGGCUGCAGGUGGCACAGAAGGAGGCUCAGAUCCGGCUGCUGGAAGGACGGCUGAGGCAGACCGACAUCGCAGGUUCCUCCCAGAACCACCUGCUCCUGGACGCCCUGCGCGAGAAGGCCGAGACGAAUCCUGAGCUGCAGGCGCUCAUCUACAACGUGCAGCAGGAGAACGGCUACGCCAGCACUGAUGAGGAGAUCUCAGAGUUCUCGGAGGGGAGCUUCUCCCAAUCGUUCACCAUGAAAGGCUCCACCAGCCACGAUGAUUUCAAGUUCAAGGGCGAGCCCAAGCUGUCUGCCCAGAUGAAGGCCGUGUCGGCCGAGUGCCUGGGGCCCCCGCUGGACGUCUCCACCAAGAACAUCACCAAGUCGCUGGCCUCCCUCGUGGAGAUCAAGGAAGACGGAGCGGGCCUCUCCCUCCGAGACCAGUACUACCGGGACAAGGUCUCGCGCACCAUCAGCCUGCCCACCAGAGGCAGUACCUUCCCCCGGCAGUCUCGAGGCACGGAGACGUCCCCUCUGACCCGAAGGAAGUCGUAUGACCGAGGACAGCCCAUUAGGUCCACGGACGUGGGAUUCACGCCCCCCUCGUCCCCUCCCACGCGGCCCCGCAGUGACCGUAACGUCUUCUCCCGUCUCACCAGCAAUCAGAGCCAGGGCUCAGCGCUGGACAAGUCUGAUGACAGCGAUUCCUCUUUGUCGGAGGUCCUGAGGGGCAUCAUCACCCCGGUUGGAGGAGCCAAGGGUGCGCGGACGGCCCCACUGCAGUGCGUCUCCAUGGCCGAGGGCCACACCAAGCCCAUCCUCUGCCUGGAUGCCACGGACGAGCUGCUCUUCACGGGCUCCAAAGACCGCAGCUGUAAGAUGUGGAACUUGGUCACGGGGCAGGAGAUCGCAGCCCUCAAGGGCCACCCCAACAACGUGGUCUCCAUCAAGUUCUGCAGCCACUCGGGCCUGGUGUUCUCCGUGUCCACCUCCUACAUCAAGGUGUGGGACAUCCGGGACUCGGCCAAGUGCAUACGCACGCUCACGUCCUCGGGCCAGGUGACCUCUGGUGACGCCUGUGCCGCCACGUCCACCCGCGCCAUCGCCAGUGCACAGGGAGAGCACCAGAUCAACCAGAUUGCCCUCAGCCCUUCGGGCACCAUGCUGUACGCGGCCUCCGGCAACGCCGUCCGCAUCUGGGAGCUCAGCAGGUUCCAGCCCGUCGGCAAGCUGACUGGCCACAUCGGCCCCGUGAUGUGCCUGACCGUCACCCAGACCGCCAGCCAGCACGAUCUGGUGGUGACCGGCUCCAAGGACCACUACGUUAAGAUGUUCGAGCUGGGGGAGUGCGUGGCGGGCACCAUCGGCCCCACCCACAACUUCGAGCCCCCGCACUAUGACGGCAUCGAAUGCCUCGCCAUCCAGGGAGACAUCCUGUUCAGCGGCUCCCGGGAUAACGGCAUCAAGAAGUGGGACCUGGAACAGCAGGAGCUCAUCCAGCAAAUCCCCAACGCACACAAGGACUGGGUGUGCGCCCUGGCCUUCGUGCCGGGCCGCCCCAUGCUGCUGAGCGCCUGCCGGGCAGGCGUCAUCAAGGUCUGGAACGUGGACAAUUUCACGCCCAUCGGGGAGAUCAAGGGCCAUGACAGCCCCAUCAACGCCAUCUGCACCAACGCCAAGCACAUCUUCACCGCCUCCAGCGACCUGACAGUGAAGUUCUGGAGUAUACGGCGCUUACCCGGUGGCCCACCCUAGGCGUGAGGUCAGAGGAUGGCCCCCGGACCCUCGGCCCCCCGCAGCCUGGACAGCACGGAAGGGGAGCCGUGGCCCGAGGAGGCCAGCUGCCCUGGGGACAGAGGGUGUGGGCGACGGGUGUGGCCCCUCUUCUGCUCUCCUGCCUCCCCCUUAACCUUCCCACGGGAUACUCUCCUCAGUCCCUCCCCGGCCACGUGGAGAGAGAAUUUGGGGAGGAAAUUAAGCUGUGAAGCCAAAGGGCAUUUCCCCCUCUUUUCUCUCCCUGCGGCCCCUUGGCCUCCCUCCCUGAUGGCCACCUUUCUCCUGCUGAGCCGGCCCUGCCCUUCCUUGAGCCUUUGGCCUGGGGGCGGGGCCCUGUGGGGCCGGUGACGCAGCCCCAGACCUGCCUCUGAGCCCAAAAAGAUAGUCCUCAGGUAACCACGGAGACCAGGUGGAGGCAGCUGGGCCCCCGCCGUGACCCUCGGCCCCUUGGCCCCCGACAGCCAUUCCCAGGUGACCCCAGCAAUCCCUGGGGGUCCCUUUCCAAUGGGGCCACGGCAGAGCCGCUGGGAAGACUCCUUCGGAGAGGUGGUCAGAAAUACUUCAGUUAUUUAAUUUA